AUGUCAUCAUGCUUGCCAGAUUCCAUUCUCACACAAACUCUCACACUCCAAUCCGUUGCAGAUUGGAUCAAUGAGACCAACAAAUCCGAAGAAGUUUCUCUUGGCCAAGAUUCCUCUCUCAUUUCCUUUUUAAAAAGUUUGAAAGAUGGCAUUGCAUUGUGUAAACUCGUUGGAAAAUUGAAAGGUCGUUUCAUCAUGUUUAAUAAGAAUCCGAGAGGUAUUGAAUUUAUGGAACAAGAGAAUUUUGAAACGUUUGUCAAGGAAGCAACUCAACUCAUCACUCAAGCAUCAUUGAGUCCUUCAUUUAUUUCACAAUUGAAUGGAAAGGAGACUCACAAAUUGUGUGUACAACCUGAUUCGAAUGGUGCUGCCACGUCACCAAUGACAUGUUCGUUGAUUCGAGUAUUGAUUCAAUUAUCGGAAAGUGUUUCUGGAAAGGCCUUGUACAAAGGACCAUUAUUGACUGUUGGUUCCGAUUCCGUGACAUUUGUUCGUGGAUCUACUUUGACCUCUGUCACAACAACACGAACGACAAGUCCAGAAGAUUCCAAGCAAGUGACGACAUCUCCCAAAUCCAAUGACAUUGGUCAUUCCAAAUCCACUACUACUACUCAUCUAUCUGGAAAAGUAUUCAAAGAAAAUAUCGAACCAGAAGUCUCCAAAAAAUACGAAUUAUUAACCAAAGAAGAUAUUGACUCUGUGUUGAAAUCGUACAGAAAUGAUCAGAUGGAAUCCAUCAAACAACAAUUGGAGAAAUUCAGAAAAUCUGAAGAAGAUAAAAUCAAUAGAGAACUCAAACAAAUGAGACAAAACAUGAUCAAUCAAUUACAACGUGAACAACGAGAUUUUGAAAUGGACAUGAAACGACAAGCUCAAGAAUUACAAUCAUCCACAAACAAUUCUACCAAACCGCCACCAGUCUCAAAAACAGUGGUCACACGAGAAAAGAGAAUUAGUAUUGAAUUACCAAAGAAUGAACCAAUGGAACCUAAAAAAGUAUUGGAAGAAGGAUCUUCUGCAGCCAUUCAAAAGAAAUUAGAAGAUACAACUGAAAAACUAAUCGCCACUGAAGUGAAAUAUGAAAAAUUAUUGGACGAUCUUAAAGAACAAUUAUCCAAGAAAAAGAAGGAAGUAGAACGACUCGAAGAAGAAAACAUGCUUCUCGCUAAACGAUUGAAAAAACUCAAAAACAUCAAACUCAACGAUGGAUUGGAAGAAUUGGACAAGGAAGAUGUCACUUCUAAAAGUAUUCGUUCUCUCCAUACCUUACUUGCCAAUUCUGGAGAUGACGACGAUGACGUUCCUAAUUUUUCACAUCCUUCCAACCAUCAUUCUACCAAUCUCAAUUCCAACAAUGGCAUUGAUUCCUCUCAUCCAGUAUUGAAAACACGAGAAACCUUACCCUCUGUGAGAUUUUUAUCUCCACCUUUGAAAAAAACAAAUUCCAAUGAUGAUCAUGACGCAUUAAUUGAUGAACAUGCCAUUCAAGUAGAAGAACCUUCUCUUCUUUCCAUGUCCGAUGAUGAUGAUGAAGACGAUGAGCACCACGACGUCGGGAAUCAUGGAGAGAAUGCAUUUGGUGGCGUUGACGAACACGAACAACAACACGAGGAACCCAUUGUCUUUCAAACUGCAAUCCUUAAAAAAGUUCCCUCAAAUGUCCAUCGAUUGGCACAACCAGUUCAUAGUUCGUUUGACACGGAUGAGGAAUUAUUUGAAUCGAGUUAUAGUGAUUUAAAGAAGAGUGGAGAUGCAAAGAAGAAGAAUAAGAAUCAACAGCAAGCAAAGAAGAGUAUUUUUAAUUCUGACAUUCAGUAA